AUUCAAGAUGGCAGCCUCCAUGGCUUCAUGUUUUGGCAGAAAAGUGGUUCAAAAGUGGACUAAAUCUCGUUUUCUCUUCGCCAAACCUUUUUCAAACAUUCGAGGUAUCUCAACGUCUAAAAACCAGCAUGAAAAAUGGCACCUUUGCAGUGCAGUCUGUUUGGAGAGGUCGCCAGUUCUCACUCCCCCAAUGACCGAUAUAGAAACACAAUACUUCAAUCAUCUUCAGACAUUGGAACGUGAAUACAGCGUCUUGUCAGACCAUGAGCUCAGACACAAAAAAGAUCUGGAGCGUGCCGAAAAGAAGAAGAAGGGUGAAGACGACGACGUGGAACAGAAUAUCCAGACAGCUCUUGAUGUUGAGGACGUGUGGGAGCAAGAGCUACAGGAGUUCAAACCGGUGUCAAGAAUCACUGAAGCAGACAAAACCGACAACAGGAAAUCGACGGAGCGCAAACUUGAUCAGAAGUUGAUGCUGCUGGUCAAGCAAAAGCUGGGGGAACAAACACAUUGGGUUUUUCCUCAGCGACAGCGUGGAGAUGAAUCAUCUCUUAGAGAGGUGGCUGAAAAAUCCCUCUCUCUCUGUGGUGAUGAUCUGAAAGCAGCAUUUUUAGGAAAUUCGCCCUGUGGGUUUUUAAAAUAUAAAUACGGAAAAGAUAUUGACGGUCACAUCGGUGCAAAGGUGUUCUUCUUCAAGGCAUAUCAUGAUUCUGGAGAUGUGAAGCCGGCCAAAAGUGAAAGUAUCCAAGACCAUUUAUGGGUUACGAAAGCUGAAUUAAAAGACUAUGUGUCUGAGGGAUAUAUCAAGGAAAUUGACAAGUUUGUGCUCGAAUUAUAGCAGGCAUUUGACAACUUUGACAUGCUAUAAUGUGUGGAUUGUUUAGAACUUGAGGAUGAAUACAGGUUGGGAUGCACCACUGGAAACUACCAAAUUUUUGUACAAUUCUUUUUGCAGCUUGCGAAAAAUUACAGAAGAUGACAAAUCUUCACGAAUUUUGUUGUAUUGUAAACAGUGCUUAUUGUUUGUGUGCCUGUGGUCUUGAUUUUGUUAUCAAGGUGAAUACAGUGCAAUCGAGUUGCAUGUGGUCUUCGAGAUUUUACGGAAUGGAGACAAAUUCAGAGAUGUUUUCAGUAAUGUUUGUGCGGACAACUCGUUACAUUUUCAGUGUAAUCGAAAUGAAAUUGGCACUGUUCGGUGUCUGUACUAAAAUCUUGACUGUUGUGUGGCAUUCAAAUUCUGGGCAAAACCGUCUGCCAAAGCGCCUCAAGUUGGGCUUAAAUUUAGGCUCUAUCCUCAUGAUCUCGAUGCCAGUGCGGUAAUAUUUCCUGAAACACAAUCGAAACGGUGAGAAUGUAAAUAAAAUAUUUGUAG